CGUAGGCUCCCUAGAAGGAAACUAGCUUAAUAGUUUUAGAGUGAGAGUUUGCUCUCUCUCGCUGGCCAGAGCGGUGGUGGUGGUGGUGGUGUGAUGCGAUCCCCAAUCUCACGCAAAGCAUCGCAACGAUUCUAAUCCAUGGUGCGCUCGCAAAGCUUGGGAUCCUGGCAAAAAGAGCUGGGUGGUGGAACGUCCUGUUUCUGUGGCUUUUGGGCGACACGAUGACGACGAGGAAGCUCGAGUAGAGUGGAAGAAGCCACACCAUAGCCAAGCCAAGCCAGCAAAGCCCAGCGCGGCUCUUUCGCCAUUCAAUCCAAAUUGCCACUUGUGGUAGCUCCUCCAACCAAAGGAGAAAGGAGAGGAAGCGGUCCCCUCUCUCUCUCUCCUCUUUGGCUGUGGGUGCUUGUUUGCCUCCGCGGAAGAAUCCAGCCCCGCUUUUCUCUCUUGGAUCGAUCGACAGAGGGAGCAGCACAACUGUUCGGCAAUUGCAGCGCCAGAGAUUGUUUGUGAGUGAGCAGUACCGCAGCAGCGCGCGCGCACAGGGUGAGAGAGGUGGUGUUUUGCUUGGACAGCAUUCAUUCACUCUUCCUUCCUUCCGUUGGUUCCUUCUUCUCUUUCAUAUUGAUUGCCUCGCCAUUGCCUUGCCUGACCAAGAACAGCAGCGAGAAAGAGGGUUUUUUCUUCCUCCUCCCUCCCCGUUUCUCUUGAGAGGAAACCACCGAUUUGGGUCCUCUUUCCUCGAUCAAUUCUCACUUGGGCGACCGCGUGAUCUCAUGGAUCGUCCUGCCCGGGCGCCAUUGCUAGUACCCACCAGCUCCUUCUUCCAGAUUCUCGAGGUGCUGAUAGCUGAUCUUGGCAGCAGCGAGCGAAUUUGAAGUGUUGAGCUCCACAAGAACAGCAGGGAAAAAUGGAUCGAAGAAGCUGGCCGUGGAAGCGAAAGUCGUCCUCGAAAAACUCCGGAGCUCUUGUGCCUGUUGCAGCUUCUGCAAAUGUGUCUCCAGCCAAUCGCUCCUCGAGGAGAAAUGACGAUCACGGAAUGUCAAAGUUUCUGGCAGAUCAAGCACAGGAGGCCACGCUUCGCUGUCAAGAGGCAGAGGAGAAGCUACGAGAUGUAAAUGCAAAGCUCGCAGCGGCACAGUCUGAGCUCGUCGAGAAGGAAAACCACGUCAAGCAGCAUGCCAAAGUCGCCGAGGAAGCGGUCACAGGCUGGGAGAAAGCAGAGGAGGAAACAGCGAGCACGAAGCUCCAGCUCGAGACUUUGUCGAGAAGGAAAGAAGAACUCGAAGGAAAAGUGUCUCAGCUCGACUCGGCGCUCAAGGAGUCGCACCGAAGCUCGCAAAGAGCCAAGGACGAUCACGAGCGGAGAAUGCAGGAGAUGCUGGCCAAGAAGAACAAAGAGUGCGAGAGAAUUCGGGCGGAGCUCGAGGCUAGAGUCGCGGAAGUCGGGCACAGGUUGCUCGAGUCAACUGCCGAGAGCAAAGUUUUGGUGGCGACGCUCCAGGAGAAGAUGAGAAGCAUCGCGGAGCUGAGCGAGGCGAGAUCCAAGGCCGAGGCGGAGAUCGGUGUGCUCAACAUCCGGCUGGAAAACAUGGACAAGGACAACUUGAGCUUGCAGUACGAGAUCCAGGUUCUCAACAAGCAGCUCCAGAUUCGCAACGACGAGAAGGACUACUGCAAGCGAGAGGCCGACGCGGCGCACAAGCAGCACCUGGAUGGCGUGAAGAAGAUCCAAGUUUUGGAGGCCGAGUGUCAGAGACUCCGGAGCUUGGUGAGGAGAAAGCUGCCUGGUCCGGCUGCUGUGGCUCAGAUGAAACAAGAGGUUGAUUCGUGGGGACGAGAGGAGAGACGACGAUCGUUCGGGAGCAGCAAAGGUGGCGGAGGUGGCGGUGAAUACCACGGGCGGCUCUCGGGUGGUAACAAGGACUUUCAGAUCCAGCUGCUUACGGAGAGAGUCCUGUCGAUGGAGGAGGAGACGAAACUGCUGCGAGAAGUUCUGGCUCAGAAGAACAACGAGCUCCAGGCGGCCAAGAGCUUGGCUUCCGCGCAGGAUCUCUCCGAGGCAGCGUCGUCGUGUGUCCGUGGGGGAUUGAAGCCGAGAGCUCUGGCGGUGGGAUCCAUGUCCGAGUCGAGUGUGAAUGAUGAAGGUGGCGCGAGCUGUGCGGACGCCUGGACGUCGGCCAUGAUCUCGGAGCUGGACCAGUUCAAGAAAGACCCGUCCAAAGUUGACAGCAGCGAGAGCCCGCGGAUCAUCCUGGCCGGCGACUCGAAGUUCCAGAUGAUGGAUGACUUUGCGGAGAUGGAGCAGCUAACGUCGAGCGCGGCAGCAACCAAGAGCGAAGAGGAACUCGACCAAACUCCAAAGCUUGAAUCGGGUUCCUCGGAUCGAGCAGCAGAGCUGGAGAAGCUUGUGUCCGAGAAGGAAGAACAGCUCAACGCCGCCAACCGGCUGUGCAUGGAGAUCAGCAGCAAGCUCCUGGCGACCGAGAAGGAGUUUAGCGCCCUCCAGGCGAAGAAUGCCGCGAACGAGAGCUCUCUGAUCAAGCUCCAGGAGAAGCUGGAUUUGUUGCUGGAAGCUCCAGCUCCAGGGGAUCAAAAGGUGGCGGCGGACGACAAAGAGAGCUUGAAGAUCCAUGCCGCUCUUACGGAAAACGUCCAAAAGGUGGUGUGCCUGGUGGAAGCUCUAGCUCAUUCUGUGGGUGCGGAGCAUGAGGAUGGCCACUCUCUGCCAUCGCCCAGUGCGGAUUCGGCGGUGAGCUCGGACGUGAGCAGCAGCGAUCAAUCCACCAGCAUGGCGAACCCCAGCUUUGAGAAGCUCACGACCGCGAGCAACAGGCUGGUGGAAGGGAAAGUUAGCGUCAUCGAUUUCAUGAGCGAGCUCUCCACGGUUCUUACCUCGAUCGUCUCGAGCGACAGUGGAUCCGAGCAAGGGAGGUGCUUGAGAAGUCUGAUGAGGAAAGAGAGCAGCGGCGAGCUCCUUGGCGCGGAUCAACACAAGAUGGAAAAGCUCGAGAGGGAGAACACGGGCUUGCGAACUGAGGCAAAGAAGCUGUCCGAGGAACUUAGCAGGAUCAAGGUUGAAAAGGAGUUGCUUCAUCAGAGCUGCGAGAGAUCCAAGGACAAACUUCAAGAGGUGGAAUCGAAGCUGUCGAUUGCGGAGAGGCUGGUCUCCGAGUUCAAGCAGCAGCUGACAACAUGUAGGAGCGAGCUUUCGCAGUGUAGAGCGAGCCUGGAGGAACGGAUCAAGGUGGCCGACUCCACAGUGGCGGAGUUGCGAGAGAAGCUGGAAGUGGUGGAAGGGAAGUUCCAAGCGGAGCAGGACCAGCACCGGGAGCUCGAGAAGAGAUAUGAAGAACUGGAGAAGCAGAUCAACCUAGAACACUCUUGUCGUGGCGAUGGUGAUCGUCCGGACGAAGAUUGUGCAAACCAAAACAAUGGCGACGAGAUUGCUGUGAAGCUUGCGGAAUGCCAAAGAACGAUCCUGGCCCUGGGGAAGCAACUUAAAGUUCUCUCCUCGGACUCGGACCACCAGCAGCAGCAGCAGCAGCAUCAAGAAGAGCUCAGUGACAUCGACGAGAGUUGCAUCGCUCGAAACCUCCAAACUUCCAACAACAACACGCUCCGUAUGGAAGACGAAGAAGACUUCUCGUGGUCGAGGAUCAAGCUCCAAGGCUUCGAGCCCGAUCACCUCACACUCCCUUGGAGUCCUCCAAGGAGUGUGGAAGAGUUGCAGCCGCCACCCCGCAAGACCAACGGAAGAGCAGAAGAAUCGGACUCGACAUGGCUCUACUCGGGGGAUCAGGCAGCGGCGGGAUACAGGCGGACGGUGAUGAGGUCGCCAGGAAGAUUUGUGAGCAAGAAAUCUGGAGCUGCUGCUUCCAAUGAGCUCGCAAAGUCCGUAACCAUUCCUCACCAUCCCAAGAACUAUCAUGGAGGCUCCAGCUUUGCCAGGUUCUUCUCCAGAAACAGCAGGAACCCAAGCUGAUGUGAUCUUGAAGAACCACAAAAACUGAAACAGUGAGAAUAAAAAAGAAAGAAAGAAAAGUUCCAGUUAGAACAUCUCUGUAAAGAAAAAAUCUUGGUGUGUAUAUAA